AUGGAGCCAAGGGUGCGAGUAAGCGGCGGUGGCGUCUCCGCCCGCCGGGCCAGGUCGCACCGCGUCGGCGUCGCCCUUCCGAGGGGAGCGAUUCGUUCAGGAACGCGCACGGAAAGGGCGGCAGCACCUCCCCGUCUCUGCGUAGCUCUGCUCGGCGGCUGGCAACGCUUUACUAAUAUAAUGGGUUUAUUUUUACUGAGUUCUCCUGUUACAGACCGUGAUAUGGGAGCCCGUCAUCGUGCCCGUGCUCACUCUAUUCAGAUCAUGAAAGUUGAGGAGAUUGCUGCUAGCAAGUGCCGCAGACCAGCAGUCAAGCAGUUCCAUGAUUCUAAAAUCAAGUUCCCUCUGCCACACAGAGUUCUGCGUCGUCAGCACAAACCACGUUUCACUACCAAGAGACCAAAUACGUUCUUCUAAGUACAAAAACGUGCUGUCAACUCUGUGCUGUAAUAAAGGUCUUAUUUGAACCUUUGA